GCCUCCGCGAACCCCAGCUAGGAGCCGCCCCCGCUGGCACCGCGCAGGAUGCUCGGCCGAGGCUCCAAGGCCGCUGGGAGGCGGAGACACUUGAGCAGCCGCCUGAGCCAGCAGCAAGACCAAGCUCUGAGCAGCAGCAUCUAUCUCCUGCGAGAGAUGGGCCCUACUGGCUUCCUGCUGCGGGAAGAGGAGCCAGAAAACAAGGAUUUCCGAGUUUUCUUAGGAAAUCCUCAUGUUUGUAACUGUUCCACAUUUCUGAAAGGAGAAGAACUGUGUAAGCAUAUAUGCUGGAUCUUGUUGAAAAAAUUCAAGCUUCCCAGAAAUCAUGAAUCUGCCCUGCAGUUAGGUCUUGUAGAAGGAGAAAUAAAUGACUUGCUGUGUGGGGUGCAUAAAGUUCAAACUCCCCAACCUAAAACAAAUGUUGAAAAUGCACUUGCUGAAGAAAGGGAAUACACUCAGCAGAAGGAAAUUGAUUCAGAGGAUGUAUGCUCGAUUUGUCAAGAGGUAUUUUUAGAGAAAAAGCUUCCUGUCACCUUUUGCAGAUUUGGCUGUGGCAAGAGCGUUCAUAUAAAAUGCAUGAAAAUCUUGGCUAAUUAUCAGAAUAUGACAUCAGACACUUCCAUGUUGAAAUGUCCUCUGUGCAGGAAAGGAUUUGCACCAUUAAAACUUAUUUUGGAAGAAUUCAAGAACUCUAACAACCUUGUGACUAUAUCUGAGAAAGAGCGGCUAGACAAACACCUUGGUAUCCCCUGUAACAACUGUAAACAAUUUCCAAUUGAGGGAAAAUGUUAUAAGUGUACCACAUGUGUGGAAUACCACUUAUGCCAGGAAUGCUUUGAUAGCUGCUGCCAUCUUUCUCAUACUUUUACAUUUCGGGAGAAGAGAAACCAAAAAUGGAGAUCUCUAGAAAAAAGAUCAGAUGUAAAACAUACAGCUUCUACAAGUGAAAGAGAAGAGAAUGUAACACAAUCUCAAGAAAAGAAAGGUCAAGUUCACACACCAGAAUAUGUGUUAAAAUCGUUACCUCUGCUACUGAUUACAAAGAACAGCAAACUGCUUAGUCCGGGCUACCAAUGUCGACUUUGUUUGAAGGCAUUUCAUCUUGGUCAGUAUACACGCUCACUACCAUGUACUCACAAGUUUCAUAGGAAAUGUAUUGACAACUGGCUACUCCACAAGUGCAACUCAUGCCCUAUUGAUGGACAAGUUAUCUAUAACCCUUUAAUCUGGAAAGAUACUGCAAAGAAUGGACAAGCACAUCAGGCUGACUCAAACAUAGACAUCACUCAGGCCUCAAAGCAGGAAGAACCAGAACUUCUUAUUCCUUGUAUUGGAUUAAUCUUGCAGCAAAAUCGACAUGGAAUUUUACCAAGUAUACAUCAGUGUAAUUCUGAAAAAGUGAAUACAUCUCAGAGUCCAACAGAUAACUGUCAGAAUUUAACAGAAGAUGAUGCUAUCUGCUCUACCAAAUUAGAUGAUUCAAAGUCAAAAAAAGCAAUCUAUGAAUGUAAAAUUAGCCAACACUUCCCCACAUAUCUUCAAGAUUUACCCACUAGACCAUUUGGGAAAAUACCAUACCAAACAUUUCUUCCCUCCCUUGCUCACAAGAAUAUUUUUUGUCCCACUAGAAUGGAACCCACCGGUUUUAGUGAAAAAUACCCCACUAACCAAAAUUUAAAGACAACAAAAACCGUUAAAUGCAUUAAACACAAACCAAAGAAGACCCUUGGUACUCAAAUAAGAGAGGAAAAUAAGAGAACAGGUACCUUACUUCCAGAAGAUUUAAGUCUUACUAUCAAUUGGGGUAUAACUAAACUUAGCUUGUCUGAAAGAUGUAAUCCAUAUAAGGGUGGAAAUUAGACAAAACUUUCAUGGCCUAUAAUCUCUUUAAAUAUAAAGCAAACUAAAAUAUCUUCAGUACUGGAAAGUUUCAACUGUGGAAAAAUACUUUGAUUAUCAAAAAUGU